UAGAAGCAGGUAAGAAACGCCGUCGUGGGAUCUGUGUGAUGAAACAAAAUUGUGAGUGUAGAUAUCAGUAGAGAGACAGAAGAAUUUAACUCUUCAACUCUCGUCUUCCCCAUUUUCCUCCUCCAAUUCGCUCAUACGGAUUUUGUAGGCACCUCUAUCUACUGUGAAUUAGAAGAAAAAGGUUGAAGGAAAAGAAAAAUGGUGUCGUACGUGAGCUUGUUGCUGUACGGAGUGGGAGGGAUAGUGGUGGCCGGGAUGGCAAUACUCGUCGCGUUUCAGGAAAAACUUGUAUACGUACCCGUCUUGCCUGGACUCACCAAGUCAUAUCCAAUUACUCCUGCUAGGCUUCGACUCCUCUAUGAAGAUGUUUGGCUCAGAUCUUCAGACGGUGUUCGUCUUCAUGCUUGGUUCAUAAAGCUCUUCCCUGACUGCAGAGGUCCAACUAUCAUCUUUUUUCAAGAGAAUGCAGGAAAUAUUGCACACCGUCUUGAAAUGGUUCGUAUAAUGUUACAACGUCUGCAAUGCAAUGUUUUUAUGCUGUCCUAUCGAGGUUACGGAGCCAGUGAUGGAUUCCCUUCUCAACACGGGAUCACAAAGGAUGCUCAGGCUGCACUGGAUCAUUUGGUUCAGAGGACUGAUAUUGACACAUCAAGAAUAGUAGUCUUUGGAAGGUCACUUGGAGGAGCUGUUGGAUCUGUUCUUGCCAAAAACAAUCCUGACAAGGUUGCUGGGCUCAUUUUGGAGAAUACUUUCACCUCUAUCCUGGAUAUGGCUGGAGUUCUCUUGCCAUUCUUGAAGUGGGUCAUUGGGGGAAGUGGCUCAAAGGGUUUCAAACUUCUUAACUUUGUUGUUCGAUCUCCAUGGAAUACCAUUGAUAUCAUUGGUGAGAUCAGGCAACCAAUCCUCUUCCUAUCUGGAUUACAAGAUGAGAUGGUUCCACCGUUCCACAUGCAAAUGUUAUAUGCAAAGGCGGCUGCACGCAACAGACAAUGCUUAUUUGUGGAAUUUCCUAGUGGGAUGCACAUGGAUACCUGGUUGGCAGGUGGUGAUCACUAUUGGAGGACAAUUCAGAAAUAUUUGGAAGAAACUGUCCCAGAGAAGAAGGAUGAUGAAUCAAAGAAGGAUAAGGAAUUGUCCUCUAAGCAAAAUGUAUCUUCAGAUUUUGUUGAAGGCUGAAAUCUUGAGUUUCAGGCAGUUCAGAUGUGAACUUUGGAUUCCGGGAUUCAAAUACGUUUCUUUUUGAUGUUGCAGUGAUGAAGAGCACUUUGUGAUAUCAAAGGAAUGGAAGUGCAUCCUUUCAAAUAUUUAUUCUUCUGAGGAUAUUUUUUGGUGUCCUAUUUUCAGAAGGGGAAAAGAUGUGAAGGGUCUUCAUUUAUACUGCAUCUCACUAACAAUACUAGGGUGUCCAAAUAUAGGUCCAGCUGAGUCGUGUUGUAUGAAUAAGGAUUCAAUUGUAUGCAAAACGUAAAAUGGAAAAACUCUACUACAGAGUGACAGGCGGAAGACAUUCUUUCGUGUGAAUGGCUUACUCUUUAUUUUGGUGUGAUGCUUUUUCUUCCAAGGGAAUUAUAAUUUGUGAACUUUCA